AUUUUUUUUUCAUUUUUGAUUUAUUCGCAAGGAACUUGUAUUUUUAAAACUUAUAGAACAGUUAACCAAGCUGUACCACCGUGUGAAGUUUGCAAAGACCGAUCAUCUGGUUUUCAUUAUGGUGUGAAUGCUUGUGAAGGUUGCAAGGGCUUUUAUCGUCGUUCAAUACAACAACGUCUUGACUAUCGGCCUUGUGCAAAAAAUGGGCAAUGUGAUAUUUCUCGUAAUAAUCGGAAUCGAUGUCAAUACUGCAGGCUAAAGAAGUGUAUAGAGGUCGGUAUGUCGCGUGACGGUUCGUACUUGCUUUUUUUUUAUUAA